CACUCCACCAGCAUCAAAUCCUGCCCAACAAAUGUCUUCGUCAUUCUCUUCGAGCUCAAGGUGUGCUUCUUCAUCCCAGAGGCGUUGGGCCUCCCCAAGAAGGUCGCCGGUGAGAUACAGGGUGGGUCCACUGGACUAUGAACCUACGAUGCCAUGCUGGUGCAAGGAGAAACCCAAGGCUGCCAUGUGGAUCUCCUGGAGCGACGAUAACCCUGGGAGAAGAUACAAGACAUGCGCCAAGUCGCGGAUGGGAGGUUGUGAAAUGUACGAGUGGCAUGACGAUCCCAUUGAGGAACCGUUCCUCAAACAACUCAUCAUUGAUCUCUGCGACAGGGUGCGUCAGUUAGAGAGGAUCAGCUCAGAGUUGCGUGAUGCAGCAAGUUCAGUGCCACAACACCAAACUCCCCAGCUAGAAGUUGCUCCUGCUCCUACAGAUAAUUUAGCUCUGAAUCAAGGAUCUGGCUACAUGAAGGCAUUUGCAAUGUUCGUGCUGCUGGCAGCAUUCUGUUACAAGUUAGGAGCAACAAUCUUGUAACUGCAUCCACAAGUAGGUGUAAGCCUUGUGUUCUAGAUGUGAUAAUUGUAACCCUAGCAGAUGUAGUAGAGCAGUUGACAUUGCUUGUCUCCUAAGAUGUUUAUCUUGUACCUCUAAUAUGUAUGAACUUCUAAUAUAUUUCAUACUAGUUGCAUAUGAACUUCUGCUUC